AUGUUAAGGAAAAACAAAACAUUAAUUUUUGAAUAUUUUCUUGAUCUCAUUAAUGGAGCAUCGACUGUCAUUUUUUUUAGGUUCUUGGAUUUUUAUUAUUUGGAUUUGGUGCUUGUCUUAUUGGAUACAAAUAAUUUUUUAACAGCUUUGGAUAUAUGAAAAUAUUCUAUGGUAUAUAUUUCUCAAAUUUUUAUUGGAGUGAGAUCUGCAACUGUUCUUUGUCUUUUGGGUUAUUUGGGAAUUCACCACAACAUCAGAUGGCUCCUAAUUCUGUAUUACUUAUUUUUGAUAACAUGGGCCUUUGGUGUUCAGGCUGUACUUUCAACAAUCAUCUUUGCAAAGAAAGUAGAGUAUGGAUCUAAAGACAAGCCUGAAGGACCCAAGUGGACUAUUCCAAAUGCAUACAGGAAACAUGCUGACAUCUGGAAAAGUGCUGGUGGUUUUUGCACAAGGGGAGACCCUGUCCUCUGCACCCAUCAGAAGUUACAGUGUUGUGGCCAACACAAUUAUACAGAUCGGAUAAAGAAUAAGAAUACAGAAAAUUCAGAGAGGGUGCCCUGUUCUUGCAUUACCUACAUUCAAAAAUGGUUUUGUGAUGAGCCACAAACUUACCUAGAGGGUUGUGGAGAUAGAAUCAGCACACGGUAUAAUGUUAACGCUUUAACUUUACUUGGAAUUAACUUGGGACUUUCCGCUUUAGAGGUUUUGCGGAUCUCUUUAACUGUUUGUUUCUUCAUGAACAUCAGUAAUAGAGUGUAUGCAGAAAUAUGA